UUUAGCACAUUUUCAGCGAGAAAAGAAUGUGAUGCACUGUGAGUAGGUAUUUGUUUGUGUAGACGAUGAGGCUGCCAUGUUGAUGGCCUCACAUACUUGGAGGUCCCACCAACAAUGAGCGACUUGUUCGAUGCCUGCCUUGACUUGGAAUCAACUCAUAUUGAAGAAGGCUACGAAGAGGGCAAGAAGGAUGGGAAAGCGGCAGGACUCAAGGAGGGAAGAGAGUUAGGCGAGCUGAAGGGCUGUGAAAUCGGCUCAGAAGUGGGCUUCUAUGCGGGAUUCUGUGAGGCAUUGAGGGAACUCCACAAAGAGCAGCCAGCUCUACUAGACAAGGCGGAGAAGCAGGUAACGAGUAUGGAGGAAUUGACCAAGAACUUUCCCUUGAAUGAUCCCAAGGAUGAGAAAAUGCAGGACAUGAUGGUUGAGCUCAGAGGAAAAUUCAAAACAGUCUGCGCCAAACUCGGAUUGUCAGAAAGAUUGCAGAUUGCGCAAGCCCCCGAGCAGACCACCGUGAAGUCCUCCCUAGACUUCUAGGAGCAAAGUUUUUGCGAUUGAGAAGUUCCUUAUAUAAGGAGGAUUUUACACAAUCUGUCCGCUGUAAACACUACUGAUG